CGCUAAGUUACGCUCUAAUUACGGGUCUUCUAGAACUCGUUCCCGUUCUGUCACCUUCCCUCUCCAGUACCUAACUUUGGAACGACACAAGUAAAGACCACAAUAGCUACUCCAUCGCAUGACGCGCAUGUGGCGUUGAUGCGAGCUUUGCGAUCCUCAGGCAAAUACUUCGACUUCACUAUCACAUGCGGCGGCGACACGCACCACGUCAACAAGAACAUUGUCUGCUGCCGCUCUGGCUUCUUCGAGCGUGCAGAGAGGUUCCCUGCAGGAAGACUGACAGCCGAAAGCAAAGUCAAUCUCCCCGAGGACGACCCAGCUAUCGUGAAGCUACUCAUCCAGUUCCUCUACGAGAACGACUACGAAACCAAGGACUUGACAAUCAAAUCGGAUGCACGAGUUGCCAAAACCCUACGUGCGAGUCGCUCGCCCAGCGACUUCGAGUUCCUAUUCGACUUCCCGCACACGUGCAGUGGUGAUUGCAGAUAUCCAUUCCACGCUAUCUGCCCACACCAUUACUGUACUAACUGCGCGGGAACCUGCGUCAACUUCGUGUGCGGGAUCUGUGCCCCAAUUCUUGGGGGAACCGAAAUCAAUCGUGCUAUACUACUUGUUCACUCAAAGAUAUACGAGAUCGCAGACAAAUACGACGUGAACGGCCUCAAAGAUCUGGCUCGCACCAAAUUCUCUUCCCUGUGUGCGCUAUUGUGGAACGGGGAUGUUUUUGCGCAAGCCGCGGAACAUGCCCUUAGCAGCACUCCAGACAGCGACGAUGUUCUACGAGAAGUGCUCUGCCAGACCAUCAUUUCCCACAUCGAACUGCUCAACAAGUCAGACGUUGCGGAGUUGCUGAGCAAACACACCGAUUUCUUAUUUAACGCUCUCAGACUCGUGGCCGAAGAGAAAGCAGGCUUGAAGCCGAAGGCUGAGACAGCCUCCUGAACGGGUUCGUAGUCGUCAACGACCCGAUUCGCAACAUCGAGGCAAACAGGCACACACGGCAGAGAGUAGUAGUGAAGAUUGGUGGAGGAAAGAUAGAUCCAUUCCAGAUAUCUAAUCUACCUCACGUUGCGUUCCAUAUCAAGAGUAACGUACAG